AAGAAACUCAGUAGAUCGACCUCCCCAAGGCGUAAAGGCAUCCGGGGCCCACUUCACCUGUGUGAUGACUUAACAGUGGGAAACAGGACUUGCAGAGGCAGUUCGGAUGCUCAGAGCGCCACAGUGUGCUCUGCUGCUAAGCUGACAGACAGACAAUCCAAAUCUGAAGCUGCAGGUAGUAGAAAGAAGAAGAAGAAAAAAAAACACUUUGAGGUUUCUCCAGAGAACUUCUCUCCGCAGCGGGUUGGACCCGACGCACGGACUUGUUGCCCCAGCAGAGCUCUGAGGGGGCCCUCGGUUGUUGUGUUGCGUGUCCGACAUACAAGUCAGCGACAGGACUUAAAAGCCUGCUGUCAGGAUGAUGUCCUACAUAAAGCAACCCCAUUACACCAUGAACGGGUUAAAUUUGCCUGGCUCCGGAAUGGAUGUGCUACACACAACCAUCGCUUAUCCAUCCACUCCCCGGAAGCAGCGCCGAGAGCGCACCACCUUCACCCGGACACAGCUGGACAUCCUGGAGGCGUUGUUCUCCAAGACCCGCUACCCAGACAUCUUCAUGAGGGAGGAGGUGGCCCUCAAGAUCAACCUGCCUGAGUCACGUGUGCAGGUUUGGUUUAAAAACCGCCGUGCCAAGUGUCGUCAGCAGCAGCAGCAGAGCACUGGGCAGUCCAAGCCCCGCCCUCCCAAAAAGAAGGCCUCUCCAGUGCAGGAACCCAGCGCCCCUGAUCCGGUUCCUAACCCAUCGGGCUCCUACAGCCCGUCCUCGGUCCAGUCGGGCCCCAGCCUGGUCCCGAGCUCCAGCACUGGAAACGCAGCCGUGUCCAUCUGGAGCCCGGCCAUCUCGCCCCUGCCCGACCCCCUGGCCUCCUCCUCGGCCCCCUGCAUGCAGCGGCCCUCCCCUUACCCUAUGAGCUACGGCCAGCCGUCGGCCUACACCCAAGGCUACGCCAGCACCACCUCCUACUUCACCGGCCUGGACUGCAGCGCCUACCUGUCCCCCAUGCACUCACAGCUGUCAGGCACCGUGGGCGCCCUCAGCCCCAUCACUGUGCCCUCGAUGGGGGGCUCCCUAAGCCAGUCCCCGGCCUCGCUGUCCUCACAGGGCUACAGCACGGCUUCCUCUCUGGGCUUCACCUCUGUUGACUGCCUGGACUACAAGGACCAGCAGGCCUGGAAACUGGGCUUCACCACAAUGGACUGCCUGGACCACAAGGACCAAAACUCCUGGAAGUUCCAGGUCCUCUAAGAAAGCAAGACAGGGUGGUGUUCAUGUGUGUGUCAACGUGUCCCGUGUGAGAUAGUGUGAAGCAGUUCUGCCAGAGGACUUGUUCUCUUUGGUUUUCAGUUUCAUGUUUGUAAGAGUUUGUUUUAUUUUCUAAAGGGGACCUCUGUAGAAACGCAUUUUAUCUGAACGACUUUGGAGAUGAAGGGACCAGCGACUGUCAUCGAUGCUGCCUGACUGCAAAUCAUAUCUGUUGUCUUCUUCAUGUUAACUUAAAUAAGGGAGCAAAAGCCUUUAAUCAGUUUGUAGGAAAAUACUGGAGUCGUACGUAUGGAAACACACUGAGCAAAUCUCUUCUUUUAACAUUACACACACACACACACACACACACACACACACACACACACACACACACACGGCGUACACGUGUUUCAUUUUUGUUUUAAACGUGCAUUGUCAUAGAGUGAACGGAGCGCUGCUUUGACAGGAAGGAGCUCUGGAGUCCUGUAGGUCACCUCCCCCCGUCAGGGUUUAAUUCUUUUGAGCUUUAUUUAUUCUUAUUAUUUUACGCUACAUUUAAAUAUGUAGUUUGGUUGCGUUUAGAUAUUUUUGAGCAUUUGUGUUGCGUAUUACAGUGUUAGCCUUUAGUGUUAUCAUCCCCUAAUCUUGUUUGAUGGAAACAUUAGAUCUUCUGUUUUUAGUUGUGUGACAUAUUAAAGUGAUCUCUUCGUUACACGCUGUGCACUGGCAAUCAUUGAGAUUCUUUGAAAUCAAUUAUAGUUUGUAGCUCGAUAGGAAUUUGGCUGAUUCUGAUGCAUUUAGAGUUACUGGGCCACAGUUAGAGGCCAGGGUGAAGACUGGACACGGCAGAGGUAAAGUGGCCAUGCUCAGGUCUGGACCCGUCACGUUGGUCAUGUGGCCUGCAUGGCCCUCGCCGCUCCAUCUUGCUUAUUUUAGCUUAUCUGAUUCGGGGAGUGUCCCAAUCCUCUUAGCCUACCUUCAGCAAUGCCCUAAGUGAAUUAGUUAGGAUUAUUGCCCUCUCCCCCCUCUGUCUCUCUCUGUGUCUCUCACCCACCUCACCCACAUUGGCCUUCUCAUCCUCCCCUUCCUUUCCUCCAUCUUUUUCUGUCUUUAUCCAUCUUUCCUCACUCCCUCUUCAACUCUGCAGUCUCUCUUUUCUCUUACCUCUGCCUGUUUUCUCUCAGGUCGUCGGCGUUUUGUGUCAGCUCACGUGUAUCCCACUUAUCCUGUGGAUCCCCCGAAAACAACACACGUUCCGAAUCAAUGAAACAAUGCAGUUUAAUAAAAGAUUUUUACUUCAGUUGUUUUCAGUAACUGUCCCAACUCUGAGAUAGCUCUCUAUCAGAUCAGUGGGUCCCCUUCUUUCAACCCCUCCUCCACCCACCACCAGUCUCCCGAACUCUUCGGAUAAUUUGGGCAUCUCCACGUGGCCCGAUUAGUGCCACGCAAACUUACCCAUGACAUCAACUAUGUCAACAUGUUUUAUAGAGGUGUGUGUUGCUUGUGUAGAAGAAGGGCAGUAAGAAAAGACUGAUUCUCUGUUAAUGUUCCAAAGCAUUGACCACCCUCCCAUUGAAUUCCAUGACAUCAUUUGCCAUCUUUUUAAAGCUAAAUUCAAUUUCUCUGGUUUGUCAUUUUACAGCAGUUCCUAAUGACCAACACAUCUAAACUGUCUAAAGGUGUUGUUGUUUAGAAUCAGAUUUCAUUUGUGCAAGUGAUAUGAUAAAUGCUUCACGUCAGCUAAAGCAAUAUAAAGGGCUCGAUAAAGUAUCACUCCUCCUAGAGAUAUCUCUAAUGUAAUUCUGAUAGAAAUGAUCAAAUCUAAUUCUAAUUUUUGGGACUGUGUAAAUCAUAUCUGAUCCCUGUCUCCAACCAUGUCAAAUGUCACAACAUUUUCAUUAUAAACUGAGAUCUGCUGCACUGA